AUGGCCACACAUAUCAAGCCACUCCUCCUGCAUGCCCAUGCCACUGGGCCAAACCCGGUGAAGAUCGCCAUUGCGCUCGAGGCGCUCCACAUCCCGUUUGAAGUGAAGCAGUGGGACUUUAGCGACAAUCCAAACACCGGCGUGAAAGGCGCAGAGUAUCUUAAAGUAAAUGAGAACGGGCGCGUUCCUGCCAUCGAAGAUCCAAACACCGGCGUCAUCGCGUGGGAAUCCGGGGCCUGUAUGAAUUACAUUCGCCGUGUGUAUGACAAGGGUAAUACUAUCGGUCCGUCGGGUGCCUCGGCGCAAGAUCUGGUAGAUUUUGAAAAAUGGGAGUAUUUCUUGUUAUCGACGCUGGGUCCCAUGAGCGGACAGACAAAUUGGUUUAGACACUUGAACCCACAGAAGAAUGAGGAUGCGCUGCAAAGAUAUACAGCGCAGACCUACCGCUGCUAUGACGUUCUUGAGGAACAGUUGAAGAAGACUCACGGUGAGAGCAUUGUGCCCAGUCGUGUCACUGCCGUUGAUUAUCAUUUCGAGCCAUGGGUGCGUUUGUAUUCUUUUGCUGGCCUUUCGCUUGAUAACUAUCCCUUGAUCAAGAAGUGGCUUGGGCUCAUGGCGGCGCGAGAAGAAGUCCAGGAAGCGUACAUCAAGAUUCAAGGCAAAAAGUAA